ACACAAGAUACUUCCAGUAACGCGGCAGUCGCAGACUUACAUUCACUCACCUCCUGCCCCCUCACUCUUUCAUUCUUCCUCUCUGCCGUUCUCUCUCUGUUACUCCUGAAGCGCGCUCGCUCGCUCGCUCUCUCUCUCUCUCUCUCUCGCUCUAUCCAUAUACACACACACACACACACACCAUAUACACGCGCGCUGACACCACACGCACGCACACAUAGACUAACAAACACAAAGUCUUUGACAGAGGGAGAGAGAAUCACGUACGCCGACACAAUGUUGGUAUGUCGCACGAGUGGGAGUCGAGGCAGCGUGUUGUAACCGUUUCUUUAGACUACCUCCAGGAAGGGCAAUAACAGCCCGUCGCAGGAACGUUGGAACUACUCGGGUGUUACCUCUCUAAGGAAUUCGCUACUUUCUUCACUUUCGGAUUCGGACUUCAUUAUUAUUAUUAUUAUUUUUAUUAUUGUUAUUAUUAUUUCCACGGAUUACUGCAAGUCUUGUAUUAUUACCCAACAAUUCCAUCUUGGACACCCAAGUCAUUAGACUGCGGCCAUGCUGGGGCACCGCCUUGAACAAUUUGUUUCACUCGAGAAUGAAUCGACCCAAGAACUGUUUUGUUUUUGUUAAGCCUGGCAUUUUUACCAGUCACUGAACCGUGCUAGAGAUGAAGACGGCUGUUACCAAUGUCAAAGAAUCGCCGUCCACGUUGGAUAAUAAAGUGACUUCUGGAAUUCUAAGAAACGCCUCUUCAGACCGAAACUCCUCCUGCAUCGACCCUCACUUCCUGGAAAAUAUGUCCGGACAUACUACACAGUGUGCCUCACUAAAUUACCUCUACACACCUGGAGUAUUUUAAAAUCUCUUGUUUAAAAUAUCUGCUGAUUUUUACGCUCGCAAACACCGAUAAAGAAACAUUAAAACUUGACAGAAAGACAAGAUUAACAGAAAAUAUAAUAAUAAAGAUAAUAAUAAUAAUAAUAAUACCAUGUAUAUUAAAACAAGUAUUAGGUUUUAAAUACAUGAUAUUUUCUCAUAUAUAGAUACAGACACUAAACACACACAUACAUACUGACCCUUCCCCCACAUUUGAAUACAUAACGCGAUUCUCUUUUCGUCGCUAUGGAAACAUUUGUAAAAAGCUCCGUUCUAAAUUCCUUAUGGUCAAUAUGGUAUUGCUUAGUUGUGAUUGGCUUUCAGAGUUACAUUACUUACCGUGAAAUACAGCGCUACCUGGUGUUAAGACAAGCACAAUGGCGGGCUUCUUUAAUUCCUCCGGCGGAACUAACGGCUCAGCUCGUUCUUGUCAUUGUAUCAAUACUAUGUGUACCUCUUUUCAUACUUGCCUGUAUUUUUCGUACGGGCAACUAUGCCAACGAUGGAGUGAAGCUUGGGCGCGAUCAUGCUCUUAACUCGAACAUGGAAACUGUUUUUCGGCCAGUACAUUUUACCCUUAUACGUCGAAUCUGGCGACAUUUCUGUCCUCUUGCCCAAACAUUACACCUCAUGGCAGCGCUCUGUCUUUUACUACCGGAUACACUAAUUACUGCUGCUGGAGUCUACCACAAGCACAGGACAAAAGAUGCCAUUUGGACAACGGAUCUAGAUUUCCUGUUUCAUCCAAGAAAGAUCUAUUCUAACAUCCCACGUCCCGAAACAAAUGUAUCUUCCUUUCCUAACAUUACACAAUUCGUUGGCAGUCAUGUUCUAAUUUUACCAGAACAACCAGUAUCACUGAACUUUUGUUACUUCACAACUGCUUUUUUUGCCUUCUCCACCAGAUAUUCAGCCAUUUUCUGGUACACUAACAAAGUACUUAGUUGCAUAUUUGCAUUACAGCUGUUUUGGCUCACGGUUCACUCUCUCUUUACUUUCUGUGGUAUGACUAUUCUCUAUAAAGUCGCCUUCAACAGGUGGGCCUAUCCUGAUAUACCACUUUUGCUUCCUUCUCAAGCUGUUUUAGGACUUUAUCUUGUCGGGGGAUUUUUCUUGAUUAUAUCCACCAUUACGAUUUUUGAGUAUGGCCUUCAUUUCUUCGAGGAGAAAUUCCGCCUCGUUCUUCAACGACAUCACCCUGCCUUUGGAAAGGAUUAUUUUCCAAUCAAUCGCACGACGUGUCAAGGUUACAUUCCGCACUCGUGUGCAAUGGUCAGUCUAGUAUUUCUGGCUCUAUGUAAAGGACCCAUUAUUUAUGAUUUAAUCAAUGUUUACAGAUUGACGCAUAGUAGGUUCGUGUUAAUAUGUGCCAUCAUUGACGUCACAUAUAUGGUUCUAUGGGUGGCCCUUUGGUCGGUGUUAACUCUGAAACAAAGUUGGCGCUUCAGAAUCCUGGACUACGUGUCUGCAGGUCACCCAGUCUUCAUGGUUCCGAGUGACCAUAUUGUACGUAACCCAAGUUUCGACCAGAUUGAGCUAGCUGAGUUACACCGGCGCAAAAGGAGACGGCACCACGGGUCGGUGCCGAGCAUGUCAACGAACAGUGACUGCUGUGACACCGACACAGUUGGUACUAUCGAAGAAGAGACGUUAUCUCAAUUACCGCCCAUUGCCGAACAUCCUCGAGAUGAACAAGAAUCGACUCUUCCGAAUAGUGUUUUGGUACGUAAGAUGAAUAAAUCUCGUAAAGCUGGAAUGGCUCGAGUGACAUUUGAUGAGUCAGUAAAUUCUGUCUCUGAGGACAGAGAAGCACAGAAAAAUAUAGAUAUGAUCCAAGACGUAGUUAAUCGCCUCGAAGCUAAUGUUGCUGCCUCGGAAAACGAAUCAGGUAUAAGAAACCAUGGAAGCAAUCAGAGUUUGGGUGAAGGAAGUUCUGCUAGCGACACAUCACAUAACAUUUCUGCUGAGAUACACAGCCCGUCCAUGGACUGGAGUCAAAUUACAAAAGAAUAUGAAAAAAGUUUAGAAACUAAAAACUCACCAACAUCAAUCAUUGAAAACAGAGCUUUGGAGUCAAGAGAUGGCAGCUUAUCUCAUGACUAUAAAAUGGAUUUGCGGAACAAAUGUGACCAAUAUUUCAAUCGAAAUUGUUUAACUCCUCAGCCUGAUAGUCAUUUACAUGCCGUCCAAGAGGAAGAAAAUGUCCACUUAAACGGAAUUGCUAAUGACAAUCAGCAAAAAGUUGAUCGUUCAUCAAACAAUAAAAUGAAUAGUGCUAAUAACACCAGUAAACGAAACACAUCUACUGGUGUGGUUAGCAGUAAUAACAACAAUAACAACGAAGUUUAUAAGAGCAAGCUGAACGGUGCUGUUGUGCAACCAACCGAUAAUAGCGCUGCUUCGGUUCGUAAGUCAGAAAAGAUCUCCUUACUGGAGAAGGACAAGAAAAACUUUAGUACAUUUAAAUAUCCUUAUUCGACGGAAAAAAUUCGACACGCGUCUACAUCUCUGGUUAAUGAUGUCAUGCCUCUUCAGAAUGGUCACCUCAACAGACCUGAUAUCGUGCCAAAUGAUGCCAACAAUUCCAGCGAGAUAUUGGGAGACAAUGUGGAGAAUGUUAAUUAAAGCGUGAUGUGGACGUUUCGCAGAGAAUAUCGAACCGAAGACAUUAUUUUUUGGGGAAAAAAAUGGCACAGAAAACCAGCCUUCAACGAUGGCGGCUCAAACAGAAAGUGAACGGAAUGAAAUAAAGCAAGAUGUCCAAAACCUCAUUGACAAAGUUGUGUUUUGUGAUAGAAAAAAUAUAAUAAAAAUAUAAAGGAAUGCUAACACGACUAACUUGCUGUUUGUUAAUCCAUGAAGAAAAACAACUGGAGACAAUAAUGAGAGGGUGGGGGACAAGAAAAUAUGAGAAGAGACUGUCGUAAAAAAAAAAUAGAAAAAAGGGCCUGUUUCUUAUAAACUAAAGUGUGAUUAUUUCACGUGGGCUUUUUGUGUAACCAAAUGUUGUAUCUGCUCUGACAGUGGUCCAUUUUAUCCAGCUCUAUUUCUCCUUCCUGUUUGAAAAUCAUCAGAUCAUCCAUAUACAGACACACAUGUCUACAAACACACAGACGUAUACAUUCAUACAUAAGUGCAUCUACGAGUACACACGCCUACAGACACAGACUUCUCAGUUUUUUUUUCCUAGCGAAUAGUCAUUGCUUUUAGUUGUACAAACAGUGAUUGACUGAACACAUGAAAAUCUGCUAUUUGUAGUGUUUUUUUUUUUUAGCUUAAAUAUUUACUGAACGAGAGAGAGAGGUUAUGCCCAAUAUUUUGUAAUGGAACUAGACUGUCUCUUUUUAAAAAACUUUUUAUGGGAUUAUUACAAUUAUAACUGAAUUAUCAUUUGUCCAAACUGUUUGUUCCAAUUGAAGAUUUUUUUAUUUUCGUUGAAAUCAACUUCAUUAACUGAAUACCCACGUGACUAUGUUUUCAGACGUGCUAGUUUGAAAUAUCUUGGAAUGAGAAUGGUUGCAUGAUAGGAAGAAACUAGAAUCAAUGAAAAAAAUAAAUAAUAAAAAAGAAAAGAACAAAAAUAUAACAGCAAGUAUCGGAAGCAAAAUGCAUCAAUUUAAAAACAGCGAACUCUGUCAAUCAAUCAAUCAAUCAGUUUUUAGAUAUGUCGAUCGAAUAUUUAGUAAAUUCACAACAAUCGUUUCAUUCAAUCCAUUAUUUUAAUUUUUGCUAACAUUGUUACCAUUUUUUUAAAUUCUGAGAUAUUUCGCAUCAAUGAUUAUUUUAGUCGGUGAUACUUGGUUUGUCAUAACUACAACAAAAGUGUGAGAUGCUAGACGGAAAAAAAUAAAUUUGGUGAAACGUGGGAUAUCAAAUUUAGUGCAGCAAACAAACACAUUUUCCUAACCAAGUGUUUGAAAAUUAUGCUCCAAUCUAGUCUACUAAUGCUGAGCAACAUUGAAACAUUUACACAGGAUGCGAUUAAAAAAAAAAAACACCUCCAAGAUCUACCAUUCAUGAUAAUCAUUUCAACAAGAAAGGUUACGGUAGACACCAAUUCAAAAAAAUCUUGGUAACAAAAACUAAACGAUAAAACAUUAGCCACAUGAAAAAAACCCUUCCUUCCUUCCUACCUACCCAACUUCACUAGCGCCACACCAAUAGCAGUGAUAACCGUGUAAAAUAUAAGGAGGUUUUCGUAUCGCAGCUUGUAUUGAAUGCAUGCAUUAUAUAACAAAGUAUAUAUCGAUAGAUAUCAAAUGAUAUCGCUUCUUUCUUGAUCAGCAGGGAAUAUCUGGCGGUUUUGUAUUUUCGAUAAAAUAAUUUAAUUAUCAUUUGUAAGUAUGAUAGAUGGAAAUUUUGGUGUUUGCAAGCAAAUAUGAUAUUAAAUAAAAUAUCUUGAAAGUGUAGACUGUUAAUAUUGUCCUUUGUUUUCCUAAACUGACAUGUCUGUAGAAAUAAUUCAAAGAGACAAAAGUUCUUCAGAAACCAGAGCUAGAGGCCUUUAUGUGCCGGUUUAUUGUAUCAAUACGCAUCUCGAAAUCUUUAAAUAAGAUUCUCAAGAAGCUUUUAUGUAUUAAAAACUUUCAUGUACAAAAGGUACAAACGUAGAUUUAAAACGUAUUGAUGGAGAUUCACGUUUUCUCAAUACAUCUUACUUGUUGAUUAUCCAUGGAUUCGCUGAUAACAAUAGCGACUGGUGUAAUAUCUAAUAAUAUAACAAACUGAAAGUUGUUGGAAUGGACAACUUUUAAAAUGGUGCCUUUGUUAGUGUACAAUGUCCAAUGCAAAGAAACGUAGCCUCGUCGAACAAUGAUCGUUAAAUCGACUCGUUAAAUUCAAGUAGCGAUCGAAUAGAUUUUGCAAGUAUUAAUUAGUUGAUGAACUGUUAUACAGACAGUGAAAUUAUUUAGGAGAAAAUUAAAUUUGUGGCCAGGAGGCGAUGUUUCUUCUGUAAGUCUAUCAGAACAAAUGCAAAACUAUGCUUACAUAAAUAGUAGGGUGAUGGAGCAGUGGAUGAGGUAACAAGAAGGCAUCAGCUGGCAUCUGCUUGUGAUCUAGUGUAGAACACUUCAUUCUCUAUUGCUUCUAUGUAACUAUUUAGAAUAAGCACAAAGCUAUAUGAAAGUAUUAACUAUGGUAUAGACAGACGAGAGAUAAACAUCCCCCUGGAUGAAACGUCAGUUUCAUGGCAUGGGAACAGAGCUAAGUGCUGAUUUUUAAGAACUAUCUCUUAUAGUAAUUAAAGAUAUUUUUUUUAUGUAUAUAUUUUAAUCAACCCUAAACAACUUAGCAACGCAAACCCAAGGUUGGUUGUCAAACCACCAUUAAAGCUCAAAUAACUUGCUAAUCAAAACGCCAUUACAGGUAAUUACAGGAUACUAUGACUAAUUUAAAUAAACAAGAGCACAUAAAAUGUGUUAUUUUUGUUGUUGUUGUUGUUGUUGUUAGGGUCUUCUUACUUAAGAAAGGCUGAACUAAAAACAAUGCCUUGUGUCAUAUAUGAUGUUUAUCAAUAGGUCGAAACAAAUAAGUCUUUUGGUUGCAAUAACAUUUUUAAUAUAAACAAUGAAUAACAUUAAUAGAAACUAUUUCCUGUUUCUACAGGUGUGUAUUAUGAUGUCUGCUAAUAUAAAGAUAUCUUAUUAAGUUUGUUCA